GUGGUACAACAUGGUUGAAAAAUAACAUAAAAACUUACGUUAAGAUGGCGGUAUUAUUGUAAUGAUAAGUCGUUCAAUUAUGCGUAGUGUUCAUGAGAAUAUACUAUAUUUAUUGAAAAAGAAAUAUUUUUACUGUUACAUUAAACAAUUUUGAUACAAAAUGUCUUGGCCAAUGCCAUCUGGGUCCUGGAAUGCCGGAGUUCCCAUGACUCCGAAUAUGAACAUGGGGUAUACGCCUGAUCAAUGGACUCUAAUACAACAACAAAAUUGGCAACAGUGGGCACAAUGGCAACAACAAUAUGCCCAGUGGCAAAUUCAAUACGGAGACAAGUAUGCGGAGCAAAUGCAAACUGUACCAGCUGUGGGCGCUGGCCCUCCUUUACCUCCAGUUAAUUGUGCACCCCCUCCUGCGCCCCCGCCGCCCGAUCAACCUCCGCCGCCACAUAAAAACGACAGGCCUCUCUAUACUCCCAAACCUCCGCCACCAUCAAACACUCCUACAAAGCCAGAUAAUAUAAUUAAUACAAAACCUAUGGACAGUAAUACCCAAACUUGGUCAAAUGGUGCAGACAGCCGCAAUACUUCACAGAAUUCCGAUGCUCUUAAAAAAUUAUUAGAGGAAGAGAGAUUAUUUGAUAUUCAGUUUCAUAAAUGGGAGGAAGAGAUUGAGAAAUGGAAAGCAGAAAAUGUAAAUCAUCCUGAUAAACAAGCAUACAGUGAAUAUGAACAAAAAUUUGAAGCUUGUCGGGCACAGCUUCUAGAGAGACGUCAACAGAUGAAACAAAAGCGAGCUCGAUUAACUGGAAUUGCUCCUCCGGCACUGAGUAACACUAGUUCAGUCAAUAAUAUGCUGGUGCCUCCACCACCUCUAAACCAGAAUUCUGGAAAUAAUUGCUCUUCAAGUGAUAUACAAACACAAAAACCUAAUAGUAAUCCAGAUACAAAUUAUACUCAUCAAAGUUUUGACCAUAAUCAAUACCAACAUUACGAAGGUGCUGAACAUUCUUAUAAUAGUGAUAACAGUUAUGGACAAGUAGGUGCAGUACAUACAAAUAAGUCAUAUGAAAAUGUUGAUCCUUAUUCCUAUCCCAGUAUGGAACAGUCAAAAUUUUUACCUACAAAUGAAGCUUCUAAAGGUAUCCCAGGAUUAGACUUGAUACCUGAAGAUAAACUGUUGAAUAAACCUCAAGAUGUGAUUGAUAUAACUGGGGAAAAAAUAGGAGGUAAAAUAGGAUUAAAUUCACAAACUCCAGAUUAUACAACAAUUUCUAAAGGUAUAAAUAAUAUAUUGGGAGAUGAAAAAAUUAUGAAUAUUCUUUCAAUGGUUGUUCAAAAAACUGGUGAUCCUGUUGGUAAUCAAUUACAGAGUAAUGUAGAAACAGCUAACACCUAUCAAAUCAAUAAUAAUUCCGAUUUUGGUAGCACACAAAAUAUGUCGUUCAAUACUGGAUCUAAUGACUUAUACAACAGAGGUAAUGGGCAAUUUGCACAGAGUCCUUACAAUCAAGUUCAGAAGGAUUUACCAAUGGAUCAAUAUUAUGGAAAUUAUUCUCAAAACAAUAUUCAAAAUGUACCACCGAGAAAUCAAAUGAACUCAAUGCCCUUGGGUGGCCACCCUUUACAAAGUCAACCUGUACAGGGUAAUGUUGAUAAUUAUCACAGAGGUCUUCAGGAAGGUAGAAAUAUACCUGAUAAUCCAGUACUUCCAACUCCAACCCCUGUGCCUAGGUCAAAGUGGGUUGAUCAACCUAUGUUUACACCAUCAAUUAUUGUUGAAUAUGAACACAAGUCUUUGAGAUUGAAAGCUCGUGAUUUUAUUGACCCUGUGCAUAUAUUUGAAUAUAAUCAUAAAUCAACAUAUAGUGAUGAUAAAAAGAAAGAUUUUGAAAGGGAAGCAGAUGAACUAUUUGUAAGACAUCCACGUACUGCGAAUGUUGAUAAUUUUCCAUCUGAGAGAAUGAACCGAGAACCUUAUCAUAGAGAUUAUGAACGAAGACCUAGAGAAAUUAUUAGAGAACCAUAUAGACCUAGACCUCCAAUCCGAGAUGUAUAUGACGAUAAGCGUAGGAAUGAUAGAUUAGAUGAUUGGAGACGAGAUGACUCUGAUAAAUAUACCCGAAGAGAAGACUUUUAUAGAGAUAGAGAAAAAAGUAGAGACGAAUUUAAGGAUAGAUACAAAGAUUAUAGAAGGGAUGACAAUAGAAAUCGUAGUAGGAGCAAAGAAAAAGAAAACCGAAAGAGAGAUCACAGCAGUGAUGAUGAUAGAAGUUUUCCCGCUAAAAAAGGAAAAGAAACGGUAGAAAAUAAAGAGACCGUCAGUGCAAAGCAUGUUGUGAUGAUAGAUGACAUAUUAGAACCUCCAGGGCGAGAAAUGAGACCCAAUAAAAUUGCUAUAAUUUUAAGAGGAUUACCAGGUAGUGGUAAAUCAUAUUUGGCUAAAUUGAUAAGAGAUAAAGAAGCUGAAUAUGGUGGAACUGCAAGAAUAAUGUCAAUAGAUGAUUACUUUAUGCAAGAGGGAGAAGUAGAAGUCAAUGAUCCAGUCACAGGCAAAACUAUUAAAAAACCUUCAUUAAAAUAUGAAUAUGAACAACAAAUGGAGGAAAGCUACAUGAAUUCAUUGAGGCGUGCUUUCAAAAGGAGUAUAACGGAUGGAUAUUUUACGUUUAUAAUAUUUGAUGCAGUGAAUGAAUAUUUAAAAUCUUAUGCUGAUGUUUGGAACUUCUCCAGGCAGCAUGGAUUUCAGGUGUAUGUUUGCACCAUGGAGGCAGAUGUAGCAACGUGUUACAAGAGAAACAUUCACAAUCGUACAUUGGAAGAAAUUGAACAAUUAAAUGCCAAGUUUUUCCCCACACCGACGCACCACAUACAGUUGGACCCGACCACAUUGUUGCAGAGUGCCGCUAUCACCGAUGUGCAAAUGGAAGAUGCUGAUGAUGCAGUCACUAUGGAGGAUGCAGUUGAAGAAACGGAGGUUGAAAAUCUUUUUACAUCGAAAUGGGAGAAAAUGGACGACGCAGUUAAACUAGCGCGGCUCGACGGCACCAACAAACCUCUCCGGCCUUCGCAACUCUCCAUGGAAGACUACCUCCAAAUAGACGAUUGGAAACCAAACGUUGCAAAGCCGGGAAAGAAAACUGUGCGUUGGGCAGAUAUAGAAGAGAGAAGAGAGCAAGAGAAAAUGCGCGCUAUAGGAUUUGUUGUCGGUCAGACAGAUUGGAAUCGAAUGACUGAUCCAACAAUGGGUUCCAGUGCACUUACACAAACUAAGUACAUCGAGCGCGUGCGACGCAAUUAAUUAUUUUAUAGAUGUUACAUAUCUCUAGAUAUUUACAGCCAUUUAACACCUUCAAUACCACCGACUAACU